AGUGAACCAGGAGCAUGUUCUGUGGAGCCGAGCGCACAGCACUGUCCGCCCGCGGAGGAGGAGGGACGAGCGGCCGCUGAGGGGCAUGACAGCCGCUGCCCCGGUGACAGCUCCCACACUGGACCGCGCCAAACUACUCUUUAUUAUUCUACUAACAAGCCAACUACUACUACUACUACUACUACUACUACUUCAAAUACUACAACUAUCAGAGCCCGCGAGACUUUGAUCCGAGCAGGGUCUGGACUUCAGAGCGGGACUAUGCCCGAGAUGGAGAAAGGCAGACCCGCGGAAAAUAAACGCAGCAGGAAGCCCGCGCACCCCGUCAAGAGGGAGCUCAACCAGGAGAUGAAGACGUUUGCCGAGAGCACGAUGAACGAGCUGCUGGGCUGGUACGGCUAUGACAAAGUGGAACUGCGGGAGUCCGAGGCCAACGAGAUCCGCAACUACCGCGAGCGACGCCAGCAUGUGUCUGUGCUAAAAGAAAACUCGCUGCCAAAACCCAAAGAAUCCAAAGUGUGUGUCCCGUCUGUGCUGUCCGUGAAGCCAGUGGACAGAGACGUGUCCAACAGAGACGUGUCCAGUGUCCCUGCGUCCUCACCGUCCUCCUCCACCAGCUCCACCCUCACCACCCCCAAGGAGCUCAAGAGCGCCCCCGUCAUAGUGCCACUCAUAAAGCCUUCUGCAGUGGAGGACACCGCAGCAGUCCACAUAGUGUGUGUGUGGUGUCAGAAGGAGGGGGUGAAGAGGUACUCUCUGUGUAUGGGCUCAGAGCUGAAGAGCUUUUGUAGUGAGAAGUGUUUUGCCGCCUGCAGACGAGCCUACUUCAAACGCAACAAGGCACGAGAUGAGGACCUCCAGAGUGAGCGCUCCCCACAGCCCCCCCACUCCGAGGACUCGCCCAGACUGGUGCUGAAGACCCCCAGCUCCGCACGAUCUCUGUCCCCUGUGUCGCAGGCCUGUGAUUGGUGCAAACACGUGCGCUACACCAAAGAGUACCUGGACUUCGGCUCGGGUGAAGAACGCCUCCAGUUCUGCUCCACAAAGUGCCUCAACCAGUACAAGAUGGACGUCUUCUACAGGGAGGCCCGGGCUGCUCUCUCCACAGGUCCGAACUCUGAGUCCAGUCCGGGUCGGAGUAGUGGCAGCCAGGAGGGACAAUCUUCUGAGGGCAAAAGCAGCACACCCCAAAAGCUCCUCACUCCUGAAUCGUGGACCAGUAGUAACGGUGAGACCAGACAUCGCAAAUCAUCCCCCAAAAUGAACACGGCCUGUGAAUCUCCACCGGAACCGAAGCCAUCCGGUUCCAGAACAUUGGACCGACCUACUCCGCCCCAACCGCCCGGUCCUCCCCCUGCCAUAGCCGCAUCCCCCCACCCCAUACCUGCUCUGCACCCUCCUCACCACCCAUCCCGCCCGAUGCUAGACCACCCCCACACCCCCCCGAUGCCCAUGCCAUUCAUCCGACCUCCCCUGCACGCUCAGGGGCUAAAGAGUCCGCUAACCAGUGCCCCGAGACACCCAGGACCACCCUCCAGUCCCAUCCAUAGACCCCCGCACUCACCCCACCUGCAGCCCCCUACGCCCGCUGCCGCCAUGAAUCCGCCCGGCCUCAUGCACCCCUUUCCCGGCGCGUACUUUCCAGGACUGCAUUCUCCGCCUCUUAACAUGCUACCGCGAGGUCCAGUUCCUCCGGUAGCACCCGUCCCGAUGCCUCCCAUGAUGAAUUAUGGAAUACCGUCUUUUAGCCCGCUACUGCCCCAUCCGACGGUCCUCGUUCCUUAUCCAGUGAUAGUUCCUCUUCCGGUUCCUAUUCCUAUACCGAUCCCAAUUCCGCUCAAAUCAAACCAGGAACGUUCUUUGAGUCACAGCGGCGUGAUCCAACCAGUUCCCGAAGGUUUAGAUAGGUCGAGAUUCCGAGCACGGCCGCAGUCACCAGAGGAAAACAGCAGUCCUGUAGGCGAUAAACUAGCUGGUUCUCGGGAUUCACCCUCACCGAACGGCAACGCAAAAGAUUGGGUGAAGUCCGAAAGAUCAUUCCCGUCACCAUCUUCAACGCCCAAUAGCGAAAUCUCCUCUCCAGGUUCGGAAAAUCUAGAUUAUAAGCAGUCUACGGAAAGGCAUGUAAUUCAAAGGGUGCUGCAUAGGACCCAAGUUAAGGUAGAGCCAAGUGCCAAUGGCGUGGUUGAUUUGUCAGCGCUUGGGGAGGUGGGAGUUAGACCAGGAAAUAUCAUCAGAUCCGUUUCGCAGUCUCCACCCCCGGACAAAAUCUAUCACCUUAAAGACCCAAACUGUAGUCCAAAACAAGCCAGUCAACUGUAUGAAACUGUGCAGUUGAAAUCAAACGAAAGUGCCACAAAUGGUAUGGCCAAAUCACCAAAUAGGUCCAACUCACCCUUAUCUAUUAGCCCGGAAGAAGUCAAAGAAAAUAAAUGCCAAAACGUGGAACCCCAAACCGAGGAACCAGUUGUAGGAGAUGUUGGAGAAGACCCCCACGUCCCAGAUGAGGAUCACGCCUACGCCCUGCCAACAACGCCAAAAUCCAGCGGGACCAUAACGCCGACGCCUACCGCGACUACCACGGCUACCACGGUUACCACGGCAACCCCGCUCCUCCUGCCCAAGCUCAGGGACAAGGGCAGCCUGAGGACAGCAGCCGCAGCGCCCCCCACUGGUGGGGACAUGGAGCCCGCGCUGAAGAGGAGGUGUCUACGCCUCCGGGAGCAGAACAAGUAAAAGGACAGAGAUUUCCCUGUACACUGAACGGCUGUGCCAGAAGAACCGCUCCCUCUAGUGGCCAGCGCCGGUCCUGCGCCUCAGCUCUGCCUGUAGACCAGCCGAGCUCGCACCCAGGAAGUGCUCGCCUCACCCAGGUCACGUGAUCAGCGACCAGCACCCAUGGGAGAACCAGCGCACCCACACCCAUGUCCCGGACCAAAGAGGGCUGCUGGACAAUGCCACCUUUGUCACAUAUGAAACCAUUUACUCUCCAGAAUGUCCUCCGUGACGAGACUGGGGACACAGGACAGAAUUUAUGUUGAAUUUUAUUGCCACAUUUUGAAAGUAAUUAGCCAAAGUGAAUGUUGCUUUUGAUAUGAUAUAUAUAAGCACACGUGUUGUUCGGUCACGCCACACCAUGAUAAAACACUAAUAUUUUUAUGUCUGUGUAAAGAGACCGCUGCUUUGGGCAUGAAGCGGGGCCAGAGGUGGGUGAGACGCCAAAAAGUGUACUCGAGUAAGAGUAACGUUACUUCAGAAUAACAUUACUCAAGUCGAAGUAAAAAGUAAUGGUCCAAGAAGUGACUCAAAUAAAAGUAAAAACAUAUUUGGGAAAACUACUACUCAAGUAAGAGUAACUUAAAGAGUAACUACAGAGACGUAACAUCUAAUUUUGUCACUUUAGACUCACAGUGUGUACUCAAGUAAUAGUAAAAGUAUGCUGCUAGGAAAGUACUGUGAAAUUACAAAUAUUUUUCCGUUGCCAUAUCAAAUAAGUAUAUUUUUUGCGUUUUCCUGCUUCUUUUUGUCUUGGGUUGAUACUACUAUAGCGCAGUGAUAUGCCAGAUGCCCUUACGUGACCUCAAACUAACAACCUUACCGUCCAAGGGUACAUGUUUAACCUAGUGCAUCAUUUUAUUUGGAAAGUAUUAGUUAGCUCUGCAGAUGUGCGCGCCCACGGCCACUCUUCUCUCCAUCUCCUCUUCUCUCUUUCCUCUCCCCCACCCUAUCUUGUGUCAUCUCUCCUUUCCUCCUUCCCCUCUCCUCUUCUGUUCUCUUAUCUCAUCCCUUAUUUUCUCUCUCCUUUCUCUCUUUCCCCUUUUCCUCUCUUCUCCUCUUCCCUCUCACCCCCUUUCCUCUUAUCAUCCCUCCUUCCCCUAUCAUUCUCCUCUCCUUUUGUCUCUCCUCACCCUCCCCUCUCCACUUCUCCUCUUCUCUCAUCCAUCCAUCUCUCUAUCUCCUCUCCUCUCUCCUCUCUUGCCCUCCUCUCUCUUUCCUCUCCCCCAUCCUACCUUGAGUCAUCUCUCCUUUCCUCCUUCCUCCUCUCCCCUUCUGCUCUCCUCCCUUGUCUCAUCCCUUAUUCUCCCUCUUUCCCCUUUUACUCUCUUCUCCUCUUCCCUCUCACCCCCUCUUCUCUAUCAUCCCUCCUCCCUGUUCAUCUCCCCUCUCCACUUCUUCUCCUUCUCUCUUUCAUCCUCCCGUCUCUCUCCUCCUCUUUUCCACUCUCUCUCUCAUCCCUCCUUCUCCUCUCCUCCUCUUCCUCUCGUCUCUCCGUGCAGCCCUGUGUGGUCCGCUCUCUCUUACUCAGCCUGAACCUGAUCUCUUUUUGGGGGGGAGUGGGUUUGUUUUUCCCUGCCCUGAGCUCCACAAAGAGGGGCAUUGUUCGGCUGCACGUAUCCCACGCCGAGCCUCCGAUCCUGGGUUACACGUCUUGGGUUACCUGGGCUCAGACUUCAGCGCCAUCUUGUUUUUUUCCUCCUCCUUUUUGAGCGACAGCCAGGAACAUGGUAAAACUAGCCUCCCCGCACCUCCGAGCCCCAAUCCAAACAGCGUCCAGGUUCAGAACUGAUUGCCUGGGAUUUGGGAGACUCAAAACCUCCACAUUUGAACUCGCUUUGGGGAGAGUUGGGAAAUUGAAACUCGGGGUGUUGGAUAACAUGUGAUGGGAGAGGUCUCCAAACUUGCAGACAUGAGUUAGAAGACUUAAGGAAAAAUAACUUAUGGAUAAUGUGGAUUUGUUAAAGAAAAAGUAGUUUUAGCCAUGUUGAAGGAGCACUGAGCCGAGGGGGUAGAGUAUCCAAAAAACGUACUCAAGUAAGAGUAACGCUGCUUACAAAUAAUAUUACGCAAGUACUUUAGCGUUUUGGUGUAAGAAAACAUGCCGAUUGUCUUCUGGUUGUUGAUUUUCUGAACACAAGGGCUGCUGUAGGCUGUAACUCACAACAAAACUAGAGCAAAAUAACAGCAGACUCAACCAUACACUGUAUAUGUAAAUGGAUGUAGCUAACCUGCUAGCUAGUUUGUUUUUUUUCAUGAGCACGGUUCCGGCUCCAUCGACUCUGGCUCCAGCGGUGUGAGCGGCAAGGGGCGAGGCUACCUGCUACCUGAGUGAGGCUACCUGCAGCAGCCUCACUCUGGAUUGGCUCUUUGGUUGCUAUGAUACUCGCGGUCGGAAUUUCAAAUAUGUAACUUGGCUCCAGAUUAGCCGCUAUAACUGCUAGCCUCGAUUAGCUUCAUUUGACUGGAGCUGAACGCUGUGGGUGACGUCACACUCACUUAGUCCACUUCUUUAUACAGUCUUUGUUCUCAACUCUCUCCAAAACAGACCAAUUACUGACAAAUAUAACCUUUACAUCAACUCGUCGGCAUAGCAACCAAGUGUCACAUACUUAGCAGUUACCAUAACAACACAUAAACAGUUAUAAGAACAACAAAAAGGUGUCGACUCUGAACUAAACACAAAAUAUCACAUCAUUACAAGACAAAUAAAUGACUCAAUUAGUGUCUGGAAAAAGUCCCGCUCUAGUAGUAAAACAAUGCUAACUAUUACUCAUGUAGGAGUGAAAGUGUGCUGCUAGAAAAGUACUAUUUGUUUAAAAAGUUACUCAAGUAAAUAUAAUGGAGUACCACCCUGGUACUUUUGAUUAAGUAAAAGUCACUUCAGUCAUGUUAAAGGGAACAUUUCUAGAGUGAAGUAUGCCACUUGCUUGUUUCCAUGGAGAUGUCUUUGCUUUGCCUAGAAUGUUUCAUAGUAUAGCAUUUAACCAAUCCACCUCCAUGGAGACAAACAGGCGACAUCAUCACACCCAGUUACAGGCCAGAUCAGUGGAGACGCGACCCCGCUCAGUGUUCUGUUUUCAAGUUUAGACUAGUUUAAUGCCAUACUGUGGAAUAUUCCAGAUGAUAGCAUUAAAAUAGAGACAAGCAAGUGGUAUAUCCUCCACCAAAAAAGUUCCCUAUAACUUUAAAAAUAAGUUAUGGAUGUUGUGGUUUUGUUCAGUCAUAUUAAAGGUGUACUGCGUAAUAUUUCUAGUGGAAGGUACGCCGCCUGUUUGUCUCCAUGGAGAUGUUAUUACAUUGCAAAGAAUGUUCCACAGUAUGGCUUUAAACUUCUGUCAGUCUCCAUGGAGUGUUGCUCUACAUGGCCAAGUUACGAUCCAGAUCUGUGGAGAGGCAAGCCAGCUCUGAAUAGGAACUCAUGUUUUCCAAGGUGUUUUUAAGCAAUAAAAAACACCAUAAUGAAAUCAAUUCUAGACAGAUCUGUUUAAUGCCAUACUGCGGAACAUUCCAGGUCAAGCAAACUCUAGCCAAACAUGUGCAAGUGCAAAUAAACUGUGUAUAAAAAGAGAUUAUUCAAAAACAAAAUGAUAUGCAAAUUUCAGCUGAAGAAGUAAUCAUUUAAUGUUAGACCCACCAACCCAAAGGUCAGUGGUUCAAAUCCCAGCUCCGAAGGCAAGACACUUCUUCCACCGAGCCACAUUAUUUCAAAAGAUAAAUUACAUCCCUGUUCUAGUUCCUUUUAGUUAUUAUUACAGUUGCCAUUGUGUUAUUGUUAUUGGAUUUAGAAAGACUUUCCUUGGUGCACAAAUGUAGAAACCAUUAAAAAAAAACAUACUUUUUUAUAUUAAACAAAAGUGAUUCUUUAGGCCAUGUUAUAAUAUUGUCACCUUCUUAAAAACAUACUGCAGUUGUGUUUUGUUUCAUUCACACAUGUUUCAGUAACUCUUUAUUAUUAGUCUGUUACAUCUCCAAAGCUCAAAAUGCUCUGUUCCACCUUGUGAUGUCAUCAAGUGGUAGUUUUCAAGUUAACACCUCCUUUUACCUUUAGUCCAGUAGAGAUUGGCAAUUCCAGAGCUGAAAUCCAAAUAAUUCCAGUGAAGGUGUAGGGAGUUUAAAAACACAGUGGAGCACUUCCUGUAUUACCACAUGAUGACAUCACAAGGUGGAACAGAGUGUUUUCAGUUUGAGAGAAGAACUCUGCAGGGUUUGUGUGUUAAACAUGUGCGAAUGAAACAAAACACAACUCAGGUCUGUUUGCGAUGAGGAACAUUAUAACACAGAUAGAGAGAAAACAUUCUAAUAUGAGUCCUGUAAAUGUCACGUGAGAAAACGUCUCUAUAUUUGGCACAGUUGUGUCAAAGCACUGACUGUAAACCCACUCACUUGUUGGUGGUGGUUCAUUUGUUGCCACUAGAGGGCAGUGUUUAUCUAUGGGGAGUGUCUAUCAGCCUGGUGUCAGUGCCACCUCACCACACAGCCAAACUCUGCUGCCAACUUAUUUCACUCAUAUCUUUCAUUUUCAUUUUCCUGAGAUCAGUCAGUGUUCAUGGUCCUGUUUAGGUGUUUGAUUUUACACAAAAAGAUGAGAGUGAUUAACUAACUAACUAAACUGUUGGCUAAUGCUAGCUAGCUAGUGACUGUAAUGUUACCUGAGAUGGACUGUUUAACAGCACAGAUCAGCCCAUGUGUUGUAGCUAAGUCAGUUCUUUCUGGUGAGAUUGUGUUGAAACAAAGCUCAGAAUAAAGUCUAAUUUGAGUCACAGAGCUUCAGACAGAGCAGUGCCUCCAGUUAUGUUCACCCUCACCUGGGAAUAUUGACGACGUCAGCUGCAAAAUAUCAAUAUUUUAUGCCAAGAUAUAUGUCACGUGUUCAGCUGUGGGAAGUACUUUAGAGAAAAAGUAAAUAAAUAAAAGUUUAUCACACGAUAUAGAUCAAAUUUACAGCGGGCCAAAAUUAAAAGCUGUGACUAAGUCAUGGGCCAAACUAAAUAUUCAUUGAAAAAUUUCAGCAUCUGCAUGUUUUUCAGAAGGGGUGGAUAAAAAUGGAGUGAGGCGACAGGUAGCAGAUGCUAAUGAGUAUCACCAGAAAUGGUAGGGGAAAAGCAUUCUGGGAUUCAUACUAUUAACAGUGCAUGCACUAUACUGGGGCGGCGGCCAUGAUCUUGCAGGCCAAAUAUAAUUAUACUGAGGGCCAAAUUUGGCCCGCGGGCCUGAGUCUGGCAUGUCUGAUAUAGAUGUUAGGAUAGAUGACUUCAGAGUGUAACACAGACCAACAGAAAGAGAGACGCCAAACAGAAAUCAAAAAUGGAAAUGAAAAUGUGUUGUGCCAUUUAAAAACUCAAAUCCCAAAAAGUCAUCCAAGUUUAUAAUGUAAAGUGUAUUUCAGGUUAUCUCAAAAUAGUUGACCCACCUUACAGUUAGCUAUAAGAUUCUGUACAAAGCUCCGCCCACAAGCCUACAUCACCCAUGCUCCCGCACAGCCAUUAUCCAUAAAUAUACAAAAGCAGGGGGAGUGACUUAGCACAGAGAGCUAAGAAAGGGAAGACUAAUGGUGUGUUCAUGGACGCCCUGGACACACUUCAUCUUGACGUGGGUCCUGAGCGUCUGUUGUGGUCUGCGAUCUUUGGAUGUUUUGUUUUCCCUGUGUCUUUGUGAAUGCUGCAGACCAGUUUGAGAGAGUGACUUUAGUGUAUUUAUUACAUAAAACCCAUCAGCGGAGGCUAUCGGCUCUGCGGCGUGUCUGGGUCAGUGACUAGCCUUUAUGCUAGCCGGCGCGCCCGUCAUAAUUAAGUUGCCGCUAGUUUGUGGCUGAUGUUUUUCUACUUUUUUCUGGAUAAUGUCAUCGCUUUUUCACUGGAGCAUAGUCUCUGAUUGGUUGACACUGCAAUGACAUGAUGAUUUAAAUAUGUUAUGUGUUAGCAGUUAAUACCCCACAGAAGUCAAAAACCCCCUCUUUAAUACCCCACAGAAGUCAAAUACCCCCUCUUUAACUGGAGCAAUACUUACAAUCAGGAUUAAAAUACAAUUCAUUCCACGGCCCUAAUUUCUGCCUCAACUUUGAAAUGUGAGAACUACACCAGCUCACCAAAUGAAAGCGCCCCCUGCUGUCUCAUGCCCAUAACAGUGUCCCGUCUCUUUCUCACGUGUCCUUGUCUUUACUGUGUGCUAAACCUGUAUUUGAGUGUCCCCUCCAUUCCAAUGCAAUGCCAUCACAUACUAAGAAUAUCCGGAUGAACGGGACUGGCCGGAGAACAGGUCACCGGCCCGUCACAGUGUAAAUACAGCCAUGAGCUCACUGCGGGCUCUGUACGGGGACGCCUUCAUAAACUGCCAUUCAUAUACUUGCACAUGUACUUUGACUUUGCCAUUUUGAGUUUUGUGUCAGUAAAAUGAUGUACGGAUGAACUGUCGUAAGUUUUGUUGUAUUGUAAAAAUCCACAGGUACUUGGUGACCCUGGAAAAGGCAUUUAUGGGAAUAGACAUAUGUUUGUAUGGAUAGAUAUAACCAAAGUAUAUACAAGAGACUUGGUUUGUAAUGUAAAGUAAAUAAAUAAAAGUUAUUCUAUGAGCAA